GGACUUUUCGGUAAUUUUGACAAACUCCCUUCGAUUUCCUCGCCACUCCUCUCUACUCUGCAGUAUCCACCUGUCACCAUCUUCGCCCCAGAGCGAGAAAAGGCAACCAAAGCAACGACGCCGUCGGAGGAAUCGAUCGCAUCGGAAAAUCGAGGAAUCUAGGGUUUGAUUCCACACCUGAUGGACGCGGCGGCCGGUGGCGGGGGAACCAAUGGCAACCUCGACGAACAAAUCGCGCAGCUCGUGCAGUGCAAGCCCUUAUCCGAGCCUGAGGUAAGGGUGUUAUGUGGCAAGGCCAAGGAGAUCCUGACGCAAGAGAGCAAUGUGCAGCCAGUUAAAAGCCCAGUUACUAUAUGUGGUGAUAUUCAUGGUCAGUUCCAUGAUCUUGCUGAGCUUUUCCGGAUUGGUGGGAAGUGUCCGGAUACAAAUUAUUUGUUUAUGGGAGAUUAUGUUGAUCGAGGAUACUACUCUGUGGAGACAGUGUCGCUCUUGGUGGCUUUGAAAGUGCGUUAUCCUCAAAGGAUCACUAUUCUACGUGGAAAUCAUGAAAGCCGUCAGAUUACUCAGGUUUAUGGGUUUUAUGACGAAUGCUUGCGAAAAUAUGGAAGCGCCAAUGUGUGGAAGACCUUCACAGAUCUUUUUGACCUCCUUCCUCUUACUGCACUGGUUGAGUCAGAAAUCUUUUGUCUCCAUGGUGGAUUGUCUCCAUCCAUAGAAACUCUUGAUAAUGUCCGUAGUUUCGACCGUGUUCAAGAAGUUCCUCAUGAAGGGCCUAUGUGUGACCUUUUGUGGUCUGAUCCUGAUGAUCGAUGUGGCUGGGGUAUCUCUCCAAGGGGUGCUGGAUAUACAUUUGGCCAAGACAUCUCGGAGCAAUUCAACCAUACAAACAACUUGAAGCUUAUUGCUAGAGCUCACCAGCUGGUUAUGGAGGGAUUUAACUGGGCUCAUGACCAAAAGGUUGUUACUAUCUUCAGUGCACCUAAUUAUUGUUACCGCUGUGGAAACAUGGCAUCUAUUCUUGAAGUUGAUGACUGCAAGGGACAUACUUUUAUUCAGUUUGAGCCAGCUCCCAGACGUGGUGAGCCAGAUGUAACUCGAAGAACACCAGAUUACUUUCUCUGAAGUAGCUGGAGGGGUUGCCGAGUUGUGCAAGGCAGAUACCUGCUAACUGUUUUGUGUGUCGAUAGCUGCCUAUAAUUUUUACUGCAAGUAUCAAUCAAUUGGGUGGUAGAAAGCAUAAAAACGAAGUCUGGUUCUGCUUUCGUCGGUUCAGCUGUUACAACAGAGACAUACUGCAAAAGAGGCAGUGGAGCUGCUGGCUGUGCUGUCCAUUAACAUACGCUACUGAUGCAAAGAUGUGGAAAUUUCUCCCACUUUCCCUUUUUUCGAUUUUUAGUUUACCAUAUUUUAUACAAAGACUACAUUAAAUUUUGUCUCUCCAUAACCUUUUGUCAUUACAAAAGGUUGUAGAGGAGAGAAUUUUAUUACUUCCUAAACAUUUCUUGUGGAUGCUGUUUUAUUGAUGCUGUUUUAUUCUUUUGUUCCUGCUAUUAACGAAUGGUCAUUUGAUCCA